ACAACAACAAUCUCUUCCAGCUCAGGCUCUUCCUCAACAGAGACAACAACAAUCUCUUCCAGCUCAGGCUCUUCCUCAACAGAGACAACAACAAUCUCUUCCAACUCAGGCUCUUCCUCAACAGAGACAACAACAAUCUCUUCCAGCUCAGGCUCUUCCUCAACAGAGACAACAACAAUCUCUUCCAACUCAGACUCUUCCUCAACAGAGACAACAACAAUCUCUUCCAGCUCAGGCUCUUCCUCAACAGAGACAACAACAAUCUCUUCCAACUCAGACUCUUCCUCAACAGAGACAACAACAAUCUCUUCCAGCUCAGGCUCUUCCUCAACAGAGACAACAACAAUCUCUUCCAACUCAGGCUCUUCCUCAACAGAGACAACAACAAUCUCUUCCAGCUCAGGCUCUUCCUCAACAGAGACAACAACAAUCUCUUCCAGCUCAGACUCUUCCUCAACAGAGACAACAACAAUCUCUUCCAACUCAGGCUCUUCCUCAACAGAGACAACAACAAUCUCUUCCAGCUCAGGCUCUUCCUCAACAGAGACAACAACAAUCUCUUCCAACUCAGACUCUUCCUCAACAGAGACAACAACAAUCUCUUCCAACUCAGGCUCUUCCUCAACAGAGACAACAACA